CAAUACAUCGAAACGAUCUCUGGAUAUCUUCUUUUUGCGUUUAGAAUUAUUACGUUAGUGUUUAAGUUAAUUCUCGAAUCUCGUACGAACAAGUUGUCGCGCAACGAAACGGAGAAAAUGGAUCGCAAAGGCACGUCGAGAGACGUUCGUUCGCAAAAGAGAAAACGAAAGUUCCGUGGAAAUCGGCACACCGUAGAAUGUGACACCAGUUUCGCUACAACGUCCGCUGAAAAAUUACGAAGCACAAACGACACCGAGGUUCUUAUUGAUCGGCAGCACGGUUAUUGCAUCCUCGAGUUUUUCUCGGUUUUCACGGCGAUAAGCAACAUGGUCGUUUGUCGCAAUUGCCAGAGUGACAUGAAGUUCAACGAGACCCAAACCCACGGAUUGGGAUUUAAAAUAGCUGUGACGUGUAAAUGCGGGGUCGCGUAUAUAAAUUCAUGUCCCGUUAUCGAAAAAUCGUACGAGAUUAAUCGGCGCAUUGUACUCGUAAUGAGACUGUUGGGUCUCGGGAUAAAAGGUAUAUCUCUGUUUUGUGGCUUGAUGGACAUCAGUCAGGGACUCUAUACUAAAACUUUCGACGCGUGCCUAGAAAGUAUACACAUCACAUCGAAAGCGUUGUAUCAGGUAGUUACAAAAAGAGCCGUCGAGGAGGAAAUAAAUAAAACAUUAUCGACCGAACAUCCGAUGGAUUAUCUGACCGUAUCGGGCGACGGCACUUGGGAGAAGAGAGGAUUUGGCUCGCUUUUCGGAGUGUUCGCGAUAACCGGCAUAUUUACCAAAAAAGUGCUCGAUAGUGUGGUCAAAUCGAGUUCUUGUCGAAAUUGCAGCGAUUGGGAACGUCGUUCCAUUGACACAAUUGAAUACGACAUUUGGUUUGAAUCUCAUGAAAAUCAAUGCCCGGCAAUCAAUCGUUCGGGAAACGCCGGAAAGAUGGAAGUGGACGCGGUUACGGAAAUGUUUCAACGAUCGCAGGAAAAAUACGGUGUUUAUUUCACGACUUACGUCGGUGAUGGAGAUAGCGAGACAUUUAAAAACGUAUUGAAUACAAAUCCGUGCGACGACGACAUUGUUAUCACGAAGAAAGAAUGUAUUCGACACGCGGAAAAACGAAUGGGAACGCGAUUGCGAAGCGUGACGAGAAAUACGGAAAAUAUCGGUGGAAAUGGAGAUGGGAAACUCACAAACGAGCUGAUAAAACACCUUACGACACAUUACGGUUCGGCAAUACGCAAAAAUUCCAAUUCUGUCGGCGACAUGAAAAGAGCAAUUUGGGCGACGUUGUAUCACGAAGCUUCCAGCGACGCGAAUCCUCAACACGAAUACUGUCCUUCGGGAUCGGACAGCUGGUGUGUGUGGCGUCAGGCGGAAGCGAAGGGCACGUUAGAAGCGUUCACGCAUCAAAAACCACCGUUGAACGACGCGGUGAUAACGGCGAUAAAACCUGUGUACGAAGAUUUUACUGGCGAUGCUUUCCUGGAACGAUGUCUCGGUGCGUAUACGCAAAACAACAACGAAAGCUUGCACUCGCUUAUAUGGACGUUCGUACCGAGGCGUAUGCAUUGUGGUAAGAAAACGGUAGAAAUUGCUACGUUUUUGGCUAUAUGCAUCUUCAACGAAGGAUUUCAAACCAUACUGCAAGUGAUGUCGCUGAUGGGAAUUACCAUAGGCCCGAAUGCGAAAGCAUACGUCGACAAGCGAGACAAUCAACGCGUUAACCGGACGUCCGGCGAUCUUGUUAAUGUUCCACACGCCCGUCAAAGCCAAGACGAAACUGAAGAACUUUUCUUCGAAGAUGAAGAAGAUAUAUUUUACGGGCCUGAUAUAGCGGAAUAAAAUAAUUAGCACUGAAUUGAAUGCUGUGGCGGUCACCGGUGACCGGCGAUGCCAAAAGAUUUAAGUAAAAACACAUAAUUCAAGCAAAUAACAAUACUUCUUAAUUUUUCAAUAUUGUCAUCGUUUAUAUUACAAUGAUGUUAAAGACAUUAAUGCACCAUAGAACAUAUAUAUAAAAAGUUGUAUUUAAAAUCGUACAUGUUAUAUACGCGCGUGUUGCGACGUGAAAUUUUCUUCACUAUCCGAUGGUAAUCGAACGGCGUUUACAAAGAGAUGUAAAAAUGAUUUGUUACUUUACUAUCGUGUAACUCCUAUAUAUAGUAGAAUGAGAGGUUCAUCAGAGAGUCAAAAUUUCGACUCGGGUUGAGACGCGAAUUGUUUGAUGAAAUAUUAUUUUCAAGAGCUAUUUAAAAAAUUGAAAAUAAAUUGCAAAACUUAAUAUAACGUAUCAUACAGCACAGAAAGAUUGCAAAAAGAUUGCAAACAUAUUUUAUUGCAAUAUUGCAAAAUAAUUGCGCAGUGUAGAUGCAAUAUAGAUGCAAUGUCAAAGCAACAUAAAAAUGUCCGUCUUUAGCAAGAUUGUACUGCAAUAUAAUUGCCAUAUUGCAGCGCAAUAUACU